AUGAAAAUUGAAAGUGUGAGCUUUGAAAGUGCGCAAAUAACAACUUGCCGUAUGCCUUUUUUUGUAGACAGCUUUUUCGAUAUUACACAAAAGAAAUAUGCAAAAGGGAAAUCUAAUCAUAGUUCGAAAUCGUUGAACCAAAGCAUUAAAGAACGUCAAGAGUUGUCAACAAUAAAAACAAAACAUUUAACUGCAUUGUCUUGA